AUAAGUAAGGAAAAAACAAUCUUACAAACAAUUUAUUUUCUGUGGUAGAAAAGAAACGACUCAUCCCAGUGUUUAUCACAGCAUGGCGGGACGAAAUCACCACCGCCCCGUGGACAAUAUCACCACCGACCUCCUCCACCAUCGCCGCCUCACUCCGACUGACAUCCGUCUAAUUGAGGACCGCAUCGCCGCCCGGAGCAGGGAGAUCCAAAGCCUCCUUCUCGACAAUCAUCGCCUUGCUGCCUCCCACGUAGCGCUCAAGCAGGAUGUCGCCGCCGCCCGCCACGACCUCCACCGCCUCUCCGCCACCGUCAAGUCCGAGCGGGACGCUCACGUGCGAGAGGUCUAUGAGCGCUCCCUCGAAAUGGAGGCGGGGGCUCGCCCCGCCGAAUUGAAUCGGGUUAGGGCUGAAAUUAAGGACCUCAGGGCUGAGCGCGAUCAAUUAUCCGAGAAAUUGAAGGAAAUUCAAGACGAUUUAGCGAGGUUUCAUCCUGAGCAGCAGGAAUUCUCUGAGCUCAAAGCUGACAUUGAGGCGUUGCAUAGAGAAGUUGGCAAAGGAAGGGCUGCAGUUGAAUAUGAUACGAAGAUGCAGUCCACUUACUGUGAGCUUAGUGAAGUAAUGGAGAAGCACCUGAUAUCCAUGGCUCGUGAGGCAGAAAAUUUGCGUUCUGAACUUGCAAAUGCCGAGAGGAGAGCUAUGGCGGCCAUUGUAGGUGCAGGCGCAGCCACCAACUCAGGUCCUGGAUACACCAUUCACCAGAGUUCUCUUCAAUCUGGAAUUUGCGAAAUUUCAUUAUCUGAUCAUCAUGCUGAUCCUCAAGUUUGGCUUAUCUCCUAUAAUUAAAGUUUGAAUGCAAUCAAACCAAAAGGUCUCAUUUUCAUCCUGUUUUGCCAGUAGCAUGAUGGUGUAAUACUACUUUAUAAACUCAAUAUAAAUAACUGCGCUUGUGUUGAUAUUUCCAGUGCCUGAUAGCGUAAUACCCAUAAAGGAGUAAUAAACUGGUUGGUUUAUUGUGAAAGAAAAAAGAGAAGGUAGGAGAAAUAAGUGGAUGACGAUGAUGCUUUAAUUGGUGAAUAAUACAAAUUUUGUAACAAAUGGUGACUAAGAAAAAAAGAAGAAAUUUUAGUAUACAAGAUAACUUGAUAGUGCGAAAUUUUGAGUAGAUGAAUGGAACAUAGCGUUGAUUUCUUUGAUAUUAGUAGUGAAAAACUAGAAAUGAAAACCACAACGGUCAUAAGAACUAGCGUCUGAGAAUUUCAUAUAAGUUAUAUUUAUUGAUUCUCAUUAUCAAUAUAUAUAUAAAAAUCUCCUGUUCUAAUAUUGGAUUGCUUGGACUGCUUUCUGCUGCAGUUUGAAGCUUAUUUAUACUUGUUUCUUUUCAAAAUUACACCUAUUUGUGGCAUUUUUUUGUCUUGGGAUUAGAAUUAGUAUUGCAUCUACAAUUGCUUUCUCACCCAGGACGCUGUUUUUCUGAAUCAACAAAAAUGUUGUGCAUGUGCCUAUUUGGGAAAAGUUAAGACAUAAACUCUGGCCUUUUCGUGAAUAUCAGCAUUCCACUUUUUUCUCAUUUUGGGCAAUGAUGUGCGACUUUGAAGUACAUUGCAUUUGUAGUUAACAUGUCGAAUAUCACUCUAAAUCUACUUAGAAUAAGCUUGGUUGGUCCUCCCUGUUGCCUCGUACUACUAUAUUUUUGGUGUGGAUGUUUUGUACUUGAAUAUUCUAUAGUUGUUAUUGGCAAUUACUAAUAAUGCCUUUGUUUAAUUUAUUGAACAAGGUAUGACCUAAUGUGGAAUGCCUCUCAUUCCUCAUGGUCAGUACAAUAUGCAAAGGUAGCAGUGUUGUAUCUAAGCCACCUUGCAAAUUUGGAGGGCUCAAGCGACAAAUGGUCUACCUUGAAAAGGCCUCUGAAGUCGAGCAUGCCGUGAUUGCUCGGUGCCACCGACAAGUGCACUAAAACCAGGAAGCCAGAUAAGAUGAUGCUACUUAAAAGAGGUCAUUUUACACUCGAGACACUUGGGGUUUAGUAUGGAGUAGUAUUUUUUUGGGGUUUAGUACUAACCCACUAAAAUAUAACGAUGGAGUUUAUUUGUAAUGUGUGUGUGAGUUGGCCAAGCGGUAGAAAGGUUAAUAAUGUCUGAGGCUCGGGUUUGAGUCCUCCGUGGCGCGGUCUUUAAAUUUAUGUUCAUUUAACCAUAAAAAAAAUUUAAAAUGGAGUUUAUUUAUAA